AUUCCUCCUUGCAUCACUCAAUGCAUUCUUCUCUUUGCCACUCUUAACGCACGAGUCUCUCUCUCUUUCUCUCUGUCGUUCCUUCUCAGUUUCCCAUAUCCAGCUCUCUCUCCUUCCCUCGCUCUCUCGGCUUCUUUCUCUCUCAGCAACACAAUUCCCCCACUUGAGAGUCGAAGCGGAAGGAAGGGAGCUACCCAUUUCGUUCCGGCGCAUAAAGAUCGAAGCUUCUCUAAUCUUCCAAUCAGCUUGAGGAAAAGAACAUUCUCUACGCUCUUCUAGCUUUGCUUCGGUUUAAUCUCGAAAAUGGGUGUGAACUCUGCCGUGAAGAACCAGCACCCCAACAACCAGGUCUUCGAUGUCUCCAUUAAUAUCCCGCCGCAAGGUGGCUCCAAAUGCUUCGACGACGACGGUCGUCUCAAACGCACAGGGACGGUAUGGACAGCGAGCUCUCACAUAAUCACGGCAGUGAUUGGCUCCGGAGUCCUGUCCCUGGCUUGGGCCACUGCGCAGCUCGGCUGGAUUGCUGGUCCCGCUGUCAUGCUCCUGUUCGCCUUGGUCACUUACUACACCUCCACCCUCCUCGCUGCCUGUUACCGCUCCGGCGACGGCAAGCGCAACUACACCUACAUGGAUGCUGUCAGCGCCAAUCUCGGUGGGUUCAAAGUCAAGCUCUGUGGGCUGGUUCAAUACGUGAACCUCUUUGGGGUUGCCAUCGGUUACACCAUUGCAUCUUCCAUUAGCAUGAUGGCUAUCAGUAGGUCGAAUUGCUUCCACAAGAACGGUGAGAAGAGCCCGUGCCAUUUCAACAGCACUCCUUACAUGAUUGCAUUCGGCAUCAUUGAGAUCAUCUUCUCUCAAAUCCCCGAUUUCGAUCAGCUGUGGUGGCUGUCCAUCGUCGCCGCUGUCAUGUCCUUUACCUACUCCACCAUUGGACUCGGCCUUGGUAUUGCCAGAGUUGCAGAGACGGGGAAUUUCAUGGGAAGUCUCACUGGAAUUAGCAUCGGCACCGUGACCUCCACACAGAAACUAUGGAGGAGCUUCCAGGCUCUUGGUGACAUUGCCUUUGCCUAUUCAUACUCCCUUAUCCUCAUCGAAAUUCAGGACACCAUCCGGUCCCCGCCAUCCGAAUCAAAGACGAUGAAGAAGGCGAGUCUAGUCAGCAUAGCAGUCACGACUUUUUACAUGCUCUGCGGAUGCAUGGGCUAUGCUGCCUUCGGUGACAUGGCGCCUGGAAACCUCCUCACUGGGUUCGGCUUCUACAACCCAUACUGGAUGGUCGACAUUGCCAACGCUGCAAUCGUGAUCCACCUCAUCGGUGCGUACCAAGUCUAUUGCCAACCACUAUUCGCCUUCGUCGAGAAGACCGCGAACAAGAAAUUCCCCAACAGCCAGUUCAUCACGAGGGAUAUCGAAAUCCCAACCCUUGGUCUCCGUACUUACAAGCUCAACCUCUUCCGGUUGGUCUGGAGGACCGUCUUUGUGAUCACGACCACCGUGAUCUCCAUGCUCCUUCCAUUCUUCAAUGACAUUGUUGGGCUGCUCGGAGCGCUGGGUUUUUGGCCCCUCACGGUCUAUUUCCCGGUCGAGAUGUACAUUAAGCAGAAGCAAAUACCCAAGUGGAGCACCAAGUGGGUGUGCCUUCAGAUUCUGAGCAUGGCUUGCCUAAUCAUCACCAUUGCUGCUGCUGCUGGCUCUGUCGCCGGUGUUGUUCUCGACCUCAAGUCCUACAAGCCCUUCAACUAGUCAAAGAUUAUUUGGGCGCUCAUGUUCAUAACAAGGUUAAUCAUGGUGGUGGAAUUUGCUUUGUGAGAAAUUCUAGGCUUAGGUUUCAUUUUCACUGUGUAAUGUGUUUAGGGAACGGGAAGGGUCAUGCUAGUCUCUGCAUAUCGUGGUCCUCAUGAUAAGAAUGUACCUCUUCUAUUAUUUGUCAAAGGAAAUGGAAAGCUUCAAGAAAAAGGAAGUUCAAGGUCU